GUCAGAUACGAUCCCUACAGUAAAGUACUUUCCCGUGAAUAUUAUGACAUCGAUGCCAUGUUCAAAGUAAGGAGAGACGCGAUAAAUGCCGCGUCUAAAGCCAGGAAAUUUGGCCUCAUUCUCAGCACCUUAGGAAGGCAAGGGAGUCCCAAGGUCUUGGAGGUAACUAGAGAAAUUGUAAUUGUUUCUUACAAUCUCUGAAGAACAAGUGAAAUACCGUAAAGUCCUUUUUUCGAUCACCACGUCUCAGAAUGAAAUGAUAGUAGCGUUUACUACUACCAUUUUUCUGUUACGACCCCCGGUGGCACCCCUCUAUAAUUAUCUUUUAUGUAGGUAUGUACCACUCUCGAGGGUAUGGGUUUUGAAGUCUCUUUUUUAGUCGUUUUGGUCCGAAAAUGACGUCAAGCAUGGCGGGAGAAUCGCCCUCGGCUCCAAGCCUCCUGUGCUCACUCGGAUAGCGCGAAUUGGCUUUCUGAAUUUUUGUUGUGGUUAAUAACUAAAGAAGAUAAAUGUUAUUUGCUUUUACUUACUUAAAUUUACAGAAUUUGGAGCAAAUGUUGAAGAAGGCUGGACUCGAAUAUGUGGUGGUUUUGAUGUCUGAAAUUUUUCCAGACAAACUGCGAUUGUUUGAAGAUGUUGAUGCGUAAGUUGAAAAUCCUUGUUCUUUUGACCUUUAACUGAACAUAUUCUUGAAGAUUACAAGAAAAAUGGUCUAAUUUAUGUGAUUCUUGCCGUUAUAUUUUAGAUUCCGUUUACAUGGAAGGGUAAGCGUCAUGUAAGGACGUGUGAAAAGUUAGCUCUCUUUUUCGUAAAGAGGGUUAGCCAGAGGGCCAUCUUGCCCGUAAAAUAUUUUAAGACGGAAUCCACCAGGAAAUUAAGUAAUGUUAAUUUUCAGUGGACAAAAACCUUGUACCUGAAUAAUUUAAACAAUAUUGCAUAAUUUUUUACAUUUUUCAACGGCUAUAGCACCAAAGAAAAUUUCUCAUGAGAACCCGAGAAAAUAAAUGUCAAAUUUCACAAAAUGACAUCUUGUACAUAAAAUCUUCAGAAUUUUACAUUUGUUUUCACAAUUCUUGUGAAAUUUGGCCUUCAAUUUCCUGGUGUUGCCUGUCCAAGAUUAUCGAUUGAUUGGGGAUAUGCGUUUCCUAAACCUCUUCUUUCUCCUUACGAGGUACGUAACCUGCUCUUUUAUCCCAUAAAAACUAAGUUAUUAAGGACUUCCUGCUGUCAAAUACUUGCCAUAUAUAGUAUUGUUAAGGGAGAUCACCUGCCUCGUUCCCGUUCCCUCGCUCUCUCCUACUUGUCUACUUGUCCUUGCUCGGCAGGGAAGAGCAGGAGAGAUCCUGGGAACGAGGUUGGAUGGUCACGUGGUCAUUAUAAUGUUAACGUAUGUUCGAGUUAGCCUGCGUAGCAAGCAUUUGCGUUUGGUUUCGGAGCAAAGAAAGAGCGAGGAACGGGAUUUUCGGUUUUGGCCGAGCGAGAAAUGAAACGAGAGCCAAAAAAUGAAAGAGGGGAGAGGUUUCCUUCCUUCCUUCCUCACUCCCUCCCCGCUUACUCGCGCCAUUUUUCUCGCGGUCUUUGACUUUCGCUCCUCGUUCUUUGCUCCGAAACAGCACGGAAACGCUUACCACGCAGGCUAAUGUUCGAGUAUGUUGAGAAGUUUUGGUUUUUCCUCGACCGCAUGAAAACACACAACCCGGCCAGCCUGCAAUAAAGCCGCCUCUCAGUGCUGCCUUUCGCUGAAACGUUUCGUGGUCGUAUCAGCGGGUUUUGCCACAUUUUUCACUUUAAAUAACGUAUCAAAAUGUUUCAGCGGUUUCGAUGGCCGCCGAAAAAUUCAUUUGUAUGUAGACGAAGGGAAAACUUGACAAGAACACUGAGAAGAUUCGCUCUGACGAAGAGCUAGCGCCCGAAACCGUCAGCUUUUCAAUCUGUUUAUGGUGGUAAAUUGUAUGAAGCAGUUGAUGGAGUUGAUAAACUUCUUAUUUGCCACUUUAGAAACGAGAAGAGGACUGGAGCCGAAAUGUAUCCCGCAAUUGUUUCUGGGAUCGUUACCGGUGAGGCACCGGUCAAUUGUCCCUAGUGACAGUCCCAGAAGUCUUUGCGGAAGUUAACUCGCCCCAGUCUCCUCGUUUCUAAAGUGGCGAAUUUUCACUUCUAUCUCACAGGCGUCAGUUGUAUUGCAACAGAUUGAAUGGCAAAAGGAUUACCCUAUGGACUUUUACGCGAAUGCAAGUCUUGGAUCGUGGACUGUGAAUAACGAAGUCAACAGACAAGCCACUGUUAGUAGGAGAAGAAAACAUUUACAAACUGAAAAACUGACUUCUGAAGAAGAAGGAACAAACGUUGAAAGCAAGGACGACUGCGGUGGAGAACGCGGCGAUUGUUGUGGUAAAUGUCAUCAAGAAAAUUCACAGAAGUUAAACAAAACGGAGAAAAUACAUCAGUAG